AUGGCACGACGUGGAUGGUUAAUGAUCAUGGAUACAGAUACAGAAUUAAUGACUCAGCCGUUGAGUGUCGGUAUACAAGCCCGUCUAAUAGACAAUGCUAGUUUAUGGCCAUUGGGUGAAGGCGAUAUACCUCAUAUAGGGUGCAACGCCAGCAGACCACUGUCUGAUAAUGCUUUUCUCAUUAAUGAGCAUAAGGUUUCCGUUUCGUGGCAAGGUGGAGAUCCAGAAAGUGGUAUAUACGAUUAUCUGAUUGGUCUUAGUAGCACGGGAGACGAACUAGCUUCUGAUAUACUUUCAUAUACUGCCACACAUUCUCACGCAAAAUUCUCUGCUUUCCAUCUACAAUUACAACAAGGAACAGAAUUCUAUGUACUUAUUCGGGCAAUCAACGGAGCUAUGAUGACAACAACAGAGAAAGUUGGACCCAUUAUUGUUGACGUUACACCUCCCGUUUUCACGGGUACAAUAUAUGUUGAAUAUGACGCGACUAAUUCAGGUUACCUGAUAGCAAGAUGGAAUGAGAAUGAUUUUGUUGAGACGGAGGAUGAAGAACCAUUAUCAGAUUACAGUGUCGCUGUUGGUGAUACACCAUAUGGAACACAGUUAUUAGAUUUUACAUCAAUAGAAACAUUUGACAGUCCUAUAUGCGAUAACACCAUACAACCAUCCUGUGUGGCUAUUCCAGUGGAUUCACUAGAUUGGGAUCUCCAUGGUGAUCACAUAUACUACAUAUCUAUCAAAGUAAAAAACAUUGGUGGUCUAAGUGUAACUGGAGUUUCUAGUCCAUAUAAACAUGUAGUUGGACUGCCAAUUGUUGGUGUAGUAUGGGACACAGUAGAUCCAAAUACAUCAGUGUUUCUACAUGAUGUAGACUACCAGUCAACGGCAAACGAGAUACACUCUAAGUGGUAUGGAUUCGCCCGUCCAAAUCAGAUUGUAACGUAUGAGCUAGCAAUCGGGACUUCCCCGGGAGAUACUGAUAUAUCUGACUUCAUUUAUCUUGGUACACAAACAGAACACUCGACCUUUAACCUGGAGCUGAUGUUGAAUCAGAUAUACUUUGUGACAAUCCGAGCAUCCAGUGAAUCUGGUUUUGUAGAUGUCAGCUCUGAUGGAAUAUUAAUCAUUCAAGAUGGUGAUUACAUAGAGGGCGUUCAGGUAUUUGAUGGAGUUGAUUGCACUACAGAAGACAUAAAACAAUUACCAAAAGAUGAACAUCAUGAUUAUUAUGGAAGAUUCCGAUGUGAAGAGGAUAUUGAUUACCAGUCGUCCACAACUAUCAUCAACGCACAUUGGGAUCUGCCAAAUGAAUCAUUCCCUUACAUCACUCAUUUCGAGGUUAUGGUACAGAGAGAAAACACAUACAAGACAUUUUCAACAUGGAAUUCCAAGCAUGUAUAUGAUAGGUUGCCUCAAAAUAACCACGUCCAGAUAACUAAUUUGGACUUGAGUCCAGGUGCUCAUUAUAGGACAGCCAUAGCUUUCUGCCACCCAGAAGGAUGUUUUCAAUUGACUGUUAGUAAUGGAUUUUGGGUCAUUUCAUAUCCACCAAUUUCAGAAGGAAUUGAUUCUAUUGAAUAUAACCAGAAUACAGCAGAACUAAGAUUCAGCUGGAUGGAGUUCAUCAAUAUCGAAGUUGAGAAUAAUCUUGACAGCAGUGAAUACAUGGCAUAUUAUGAAUGGACGUUGUCUGUUGAUACUGGAACAUCAAACCACGGGGAUUUAUUGUAUCCAUGGGAAAGAAUUAUCGAUCCAGUAAAUGUAGAUGGGAAGUUAUCACACCAAGUCUUUCUGCCAAGUAAACUAGUCUUCUCGGAGUGUAUACAGUUGGCUAUACGUGGAAACAACAAAGCUGGUUUAUACUCUACAGUGUACAAGGAAAUAUACGAUUGUGAAUCGAUUUAUCCACAGUACAUUACUCCAAAUACAGUCAUUGAUGCCGUUGGUGACAGGGAUGAUGAAGGCGAUGUGGAUGAUAUUUACCUUGCUGUCAAUGAUGAAUGGGUUGAAAUUGACGCUGAAUACACGCCAUCGAAACAUAAAUUGUCAGCCGUUUGGCCAACUCUAACACAUUACAAAUACCUAUGGAAAGUUAUUGCGGACGAGUCUAUUGAGAAGUGGGGAUAUGUUAGACACAGCACGGAAUUGAACUAUGAUACAUAUCUCUGUGACUCAUUAGAAGUUCUGACCUGUGGUUCCACAAAAGAAAACUACGUCAACAUCGACAAUCUCGAUCUUGAGUAUGGUAGAAGAUAUUACAUAUGUAUGUAUGCAAAUGAGACCCACAGAGAGAAAGAAGACACGGUAGAGAUACUGCCCAUGGUAUCUGAAUGUUCCAAUGGUGUAACCGUUGACUGGAUACCACCCGAGGCUGGUACUGUUUGGAUUGGCAGAGUGGGGCAACAAUAUCAGACUUCCACUUCACACAUGUAUAUAAAUUGGAUGGGGUUUACUGAUAUUGAAGAGUCGGGUGCUCAGAUGUCUCACGACUCGGGAAUUCAAAGAUACGAAUACGCACUAGGAUCGUUCCUCGGGGGCGUGGACGUUCAAGACUUUGUCGACGUUGGAGUCACAAACUGGGCUGUUGCUCAUACUUUACAUUUACUACAAGGACAGUCUUACUAUGCCACACUAAAAGCGAUAGAUUUUGUUGGAUUAUCUGUCAAAUCAAUUUCAUCAGCAGUCAUAAUUGACACUUCGAUUCCAAUAAAAACCAAUGUAACUAUUGACGUUGGCGGCACAUAUCACCAUUCCACAACAAGUAUCAGUGCUGCUUGGAAUAUGUUGUUUUAUGACAAAGAAAGUGGUGUUUCCUAUUAUGAAUGGGCCAUCGGAUCUACGCCCGCUAUUGAUGACAUAUUUCCGUUUACACCAAGUAACUAUGCAUAUGGGACAGCAGAGGAUUUGACUUUACGCGAAGGUCAUUCUUAUUUCAUAUCUGUCAGAGCUUAUAAUGGUGCUGGUAUGUCAGCAAUGGCUAUUUCGUGGGCAGUAACAAUUGAUACAAGUCCACCAGAACCAGGCAUUGUAUAUGAUGGUGAGAGAAACAGCACGUUCAAGGAUUUCGAUUACCAGUUUGAUACAUCAAAAAUAAAUGCCUACUGGGAAGGAUUCAUCGAUCCUCAUUCGGGAAUUGUUGAUUAUAUUUGGAAGAUAGGUACGUGUCGUGGAUGUGAUGAUGUGAUGCAAGAACAACACGUUGGACUGGUUACAGAAAUGGAAGCUGAUCAUCUCAAUUUAAAACCUGGAUUCACGUACUACACCACGGUAACAGCAUGCAAUUCGGCUGGCAUGUGUACUAGUGCAUCCUCUGAUGGUGUCACUUCGGACAUUUCACCACCCAUAGCUGGUAUGGUAUUUGAUGGUCCAAGUGGUAAAGAUUGGCAAUACCAGGCAUCAAGAAAACGACUAGCAGCUCAUUGGUACAACUUUCAUGAUUAUCACUCUAAGUUAUCUCACUAUGAAUGGAGAGCAGGUGUAACACGUGGUGGAGAUGACAUUGUUAGUUCCACGCCUCUGCAUAUAACUGAAAGCCUCUAUGUUCCGCUGUUAGAGUCACUCUUGCCACAAAAUGCAACAAUAUAUACUACCAUUAAAGCAUACGAUAACAUUGGUUUGGCAGUGGAAGCUACUUCAAAUGGUAUAAAAGUUGACGUGACUCCUCCACAUGUUAUAAGAAAUAUAACUGUAAACCAGAUUGUGGGGUCCAUCAUUCCCGACACACAGGUUUGGAGAAGCUUCCUCCGUGUCACCUGGCAGUUUGACGAUACUGAAAGCCCAAUAGAGCGGCAGAUACUGUCAGUUUUCACUGGUCACCAAUCAGAAGUAGACGUACCAUCAACACAGGUCUCUGGUAUUGUUACGGAUUAUAUAUUUACCGACCUCUCAUUGAACGAUGGUGAUACAUAUUAUGUGAAGGUUGUAGCAUGUAAUGCAGCAAAACUCUGCAGUUCUAGUGGAACUCGAGGUAUCCUUGUAGAUUCCUCUCAGCCGACUGUUGGUACAUUUGCUGCGGCAUCUAAUCAUUCUGCUGAUCUUUCAAGACACCAAGAAGGAUACAUGACGUAUGUACAAGAGACUGAAAACUAUCCUGCAAUUAUCAAACUAGCGUGGCUUGGUUUCUCUGAUAUUCACUCAGGAAUUACACACUAUUAUGUGACAGUUGGAAGUCAAUAUAGUGGUCGAGACCUAACACCGGAUGGGCCGGUAGCAUUGGCACAUGAGAACGGUGAGCUUUAUCAUGACGAAGGUGCGGUGCAGACUGGAAUAGUUGAAAUCAACAGAAAUCUUGUACCAGGAGAAUAUAUAUACAUAACUUUGUGGGCAGUAAAUGGUGUCGGAAUGCGAAGUAUGGAAGCCCAUGACACAUUCGAAGUAGUACAAUCUAAUGAUUUUGAAGGAAUUCUUGUGUUGCUAAGGCGAUGUUCUUUGCAGACUUGUCAAGGAGACUGCACAUGUGCACCGGAAUAUGAAGUGUGUCAUGGGGCAGAAAGUGAAUGUUCUGAUGUAACAGGAAACACAGAUUAUGAUCACGUUGACGUAUACGACAUUAUAAAUUACCGGAUAGACGACACAGAUCUCAGUGACGUCAUUUAUUCUCCAUCAAGAUGUGCGUUAGCAGCUGUGUGGAAAGCCAGGAAUGAAGGCAUAGCUAUUGAGCGUUACGAAUGGAGUGCUGGAACGAAAGGUGAUGAACCUGGAACCGGUAUAUUCAACCCUGCACAUGAUCGUAUUUGGUACGAUGUUGGCUUAGAGACAUACGCAAUACUUCUACAAGAAACCUCACUGCUUGAAGAUACACAGUAUGUUUUCUAUGUGAAGGCAUGGUAUGAUGAGAAUACGUACGCCAUAUUUCAGACAAAUGGAGUCACAGUACAGUAUACACCACCAUAUAUUUCAGAUUCAAGAAAGGUCAAAGAUUUACAUAGUCCUAAUAACACAAGAGAUAAGGAUUACACUACGUCUACGAAUACACUGACAGUUCAUUGGAAAGACGUAUUUAUCGAUGAUAUAGAUAAACUUGCAUUUUUCGAAGUUUCUGUUAGUACGUGUAAAGGAGGAGAAGAUGUACGGCCAUUCAAUGCUUCUCGACAUUCUCCAGACAUAGACACUGUAGUAUUUACUGAUCUCAAUCUACAACCAGGAGUUAUCUACUAUUCUAACGUCAUCGCAUCUAACCACGUGAAUUUGAGAUCAAUCGCCAGUUCCGAUGGUAUUAAGGUUGACUACAGUCCGCCAACUAAAGGCAUUGUUUAUGAUGGACUUGGACUAUACGAUGCAGAUUAUCAGAAUUCUACCACUACUGUAUCAGCAAACUGGCAUGGAUUUUCUGAUCUACAAUCUUAUGUUGACUAUUAUCUCUGGUGUGUAGGAAGCUCACCAGGCUUGGAAGAUAUUCUUUCAUGCCAAUCCGUUGGCUUGAAGACGUCGUUUUCGAGAACUGUGGCAACGGCAAUAUCAACGGGCACAAAAGUAUAUUCCAAAGUCAUGGCGGUUAAUGCUGCUGGUUUGAUAUCAGAACCCGCCAUAUCUGACGGUGUGAUCAUAGAUGCAACACCACCAGAAGUUUUAGAGAAGUUUAACUUCAGUGACAAUCUCUUGAACAACCCAUCAUUCGAGUACCUCCUACGAAAUGAGAAUGACAGCAUUGAAGUGUUGGGAGAUUGUGUUUCAUCGGGCGUACCAGCAUACUGGGUACUCACUGGAAAGGGUUAUGUUCACUCAUGUAACAACACAUUAGCACAGCACGGCAACUCAUUUGCAGUAGUAGUCGGUGAAAUAUCACAGAACAUUGUGACAACUAUUGGCGAGAAGUAUCGACUAAGAUUAUAUGCUAGCUAUUCACCACAUUCUAUUGUACCUGCUUUGUCACAAGAAGGAUUCGUUCAAAUUUCCCGUUUAUACAAAGUGUUUAAAUUGUACCAGCGGAAAGGAAGGUUAGAUUCUCGUGUUAAUUUUCCUGAUGGCGAUAUUCAGUGGCACGAAUACGUAGAGUACUUCCACGCAGAAGAGAAUAUGACUACCCUUAUUAUUGGUUCGCUCGCUCAAGGUGGUAUCUCUCUCGAUUACAUUGAUCUACGUCAACUGAGUGACGGGAAGCGAACGCAAUCAGAAGACCCAAACCAUCAUGUAAAUGAAUUGGCUAGUCCUAUACACAUUACAAUUCAACGUGUUGGUAAUUAUCACACCGUACAAGCAGCCUGGGAUGUUAUCGACGCUGAAAGUCCCAUAGUUGACAACAUGUGGGCAAUUGGAACUACAUACGGUAGUACCCAACUCCAAGGUUUCACGUCAAUUGGGCGUAAAUUCUCAGCAAUCUGCCGAGAUCUGGUAUUGUCACAUGAAACUAAAUUAUAUGUGACAAUAGUGGUGACCAAUAUGGUUGGGUUGGAAAGUGUAAUACAUUCAGAUCCUAUCACCAUAGACUUGACUCCUCCAGACUUAUGCUGUGCUAAGGAUGGGAAUCAGGGUGAUGAUAUAGAUUAUAUUAAUGGCGACCAGUUGGUUGUACAUUGGCGCGUAGAUGACCCAGAGAGCGGUGUUGAAUCAUGUGAAGUAGCCGUUGGUUUCAGUCCAGGGACAGUUGAUGUGAGUGACUUUCACCCAACGGAUAAGCUAAACCGAACACAGAUAGACUUGACUGGUAAGGUGGCACAUGGAGAGACGAUUUAUUCCACGAUUCGUUGCCAUAACUACAUAGGUGCGUCAUCUACAAUUACAACAGAUGGUGUUACUCAAGUCCAUGAAUGUCCAGAUUCUCGAGAGGCAUUCAUAGAUGUAACUACAAUGUCUGAAACGCAGUAUGCAAGAAGACGCCACCACCAGUCAUUGUCCAAUAUGAUUGAUAUAGCCUGGCACGGAUUUGAAGAUGUCACCGGUAUAUCGCAUUACCAGUGCAAAAUAGUUGAUGGUAAAAAACAGUCUCUUAAAUGGACGGACAUCGGUAGAAAUGGUGAAGCGUUCGCAACGUUAUACGGACUACACAUGCAUUCUUACGCAACAUACGAGAUACUGUUGCGAGCUGUCAAUCAUGUUGGCUACCACAGUGAUGAAGUUACAGUUAAUGUUACCAUAGAAACACAGAAGCCAAUUAUUAAUAAAAACGAUGUCAGCGUCAAUUGGUUGUCUACAUCAGAAGUAGAGAUUGAUUGGACAGGUUUAUAUGCCAGCAAUUCUUCCAUGGUAUAUGAGCUCACCGUAGGUACUGUAUACGGUGGCAGUGAUGUGGUCAAAUGGCAGGAAACCAUGGAAACUAGAAUACGAAAUUAUGAUAUUUCAAUGCCCAGCCUUCUAUAUGAUGCAGAUGCACGAAAAUCUCUUCUGGGUCACGUAGACGUAUAUACUAUACAACGCGAGAAUGGUGUUUCUAUAUUGCAAGUACCGUUGGAACACAAACUGCAGCUACUGUAUUGGGAUCCUGGUAAUAUUGCCUGUUAUGGAGUUAAUGUGACGUUUGCGGGACAUAUACCUAUGAUGAACAACAACAAAGCAAACAGUGCGCCUAUCGUGAUGUCUCGUUUGACUGCGAUGAUACCAGAAAAUGGAGGUACUAUGAUGUGUCCAAAUACGGCUGUAUAUUCUGAUAAUGACAAUAUCGUGUUUCAGCCUACAGAAAAUAAUUCGACAACAUAUGGUGAAUGCAACAUGACGUCACACGGACUUCUAAUGCUCAUGCCUUGCUUAGAUUGCUUUGGUACAGACAGCGUGGAGGUUACACCGUGA